CUUCUUCUUCGAAAAAAAAUUAGAGCCACAGCAAUUUCAACGAAUUAUAGACACCAUUGAGCUCCUUGCGCCGAAAUCAAUGCGUUCUGCAGCUCCACCGUAGAUGUGGACGGGUCCUCUUGUUUCCUCACGCAUUCGGCGACCUCUCCGCGCUGGCGCCGGAAAUAAACCAGUAAAAGUCAUGGGUCCGGGCUGCCCUGUUCUGGCGCGGAUACCACUUUGCUUCCUGUUAACAGCGUCGCAGCAGCUCCUUCGGGGACUACAACAAAGCGGAGGUCUGGCGUUUCUCUUGCAGGGAGGAUCUAGUCGAAGGAGUUUGUUGCUACGCGACAUUGUUGCAGCAUACUUGGCCAUACCUACGUCCAGAUCAGAAUCGCGCACGAUUACUAUAAUUCGUUUAUAUGCUUUAGGGAAACACUAA